GUUCUCUUGGCAGUGCCACCAACGGAAUCUCUCGCUUAUUAUUUUGUCCAGACCAACACGUAUCCCCAUUCAACUGUGAGUUUUAAUGGUUUGGAUCGCCUGCGUCAGUAAAUUAAUGUACGACUCUCACUAUGCUGGAACCAGGAUUUAGCUGUAGUCCUGAGGGAGCCUAAACUCUCACACAGUGUCAGUCAGUGCUACGCCUAAAAGUGUUGUCUACUGCACGCGCCAUUGGACGGUUCUGGUGCCUUGCGUGAACAGUUGCGGGACUCGAAAGCGUGACGUAGCGUCUAAUCUGGGAUUACUAGCCGCUAGAGCUCGAAGAGUGACACAAGAUCGAGGUCUAACUGCCUUCGUGGAACGAGUUCUUGGGAAACCGACGCAGGUUAUAUCGUUCAGUGAUUGGAUAAUUUCGCGUGGAACAACACUCGCAGAGGUCAAGGAAAACGGUCAGCUGAUGAUUCAGUUUUGAUCUACGUUUUGCACUACGUGUAGCCCAGAGCUGUUGAUUUCUUUUGUUCCUUCUGUUAUUGCUCCUGUCGUCCAAGAGGUAGACACGAAUUUUCACGUGUUCCUGAUUUGAACAUUUUGUACGUUAAUCUAAACAGAGCCAUAAUUAUUCAAUUAUGUUUUUCACUGCAGUUGAUUCAGAAGUGUGAUUGAACGAUAUGACCUAUUUGUAAGGGCCUGAGUUGAUAAUUACUCUGCAGACGUUUAUCAAAAACGUUGAAUUGGAACUGCGGUUGCCUCACCUGCUUUCAUUCGCAACGAAGUGCUUGUGACAGAACCCAAAUUACAAAAUAUGCACUAACACGCGUGGGAUAUGGACAAGCCGUUUUGUUUUUUAGCUCUCAGUCAUGAUAUCCUGUUUGUGGUUUAUUUGGACUAAGGCAUAUAUUGUGUUUUGCUUUUUCUGAGAUAUUCUUGAGUGGGAACGUUCUUAAGGAAGUUCUUGUUUUUCUUGUUCAUUCCUUUGACUUGCUGUGUGUUUGUUGCCGGUAAGGAUAAACGCAUAUAGCCAUAGCGCUGCCAGUUGUUCUUCUGAAGAUACUGAACCCCUCGACUCACUGUCGGUUUGAUGGAGACACCGUCAUCUCUACCCUACCAUCUCCAGUAACGUUGAGUAUAAAUCCGAAUUCAGUCAUCAUUUUAUAGGGAGAAGCAGCCUUCCAGUUCUAAAGACUCUGCUCUCGCGAGCUCUCAAAAAAAAAAUGCAAGGAACUGCAGAAAAUACAACAGCAGUUCCAUCAGCGGCGGCGACGAUGGCGAAUGUGACGGACAACCUAGUGAGUUCCCUUCUGAGCUCCGUGAACACCACGAUAGGACCACUCAUUCUGGACAAUGUCACCUCUGUGCUGCCUCUUUUGAUCACGGAUAACGACACGAACCCCGCCUGGGGUGUGACCUCUGACCCAUUUCUCAAUGGCUCCAGCACGGGUUGGCCGUUGGUCAACACGAGCGAUGGGGUCUUCGAGAAUGUGACGGGCCCAGGCGAGGCGGAGACCACUACUAUGGACUACCACGAGAAGGACAUGCAGGACUUUAUCAUCGGGCUCUCCCUCGCGGUCAGCUCUUCCAUCUUCAUCGGCUCCAGCUUCAUCUUCAAGAAGUUGGGCCUGCUCAGAUACGCCAAGAAGGUCUCAGUGCGGGCUGGUGCUGGUGGCUUUGGCUAUCUGAGAGAAUGGCUUUGGUGGGCUGGCAUGAUACUUAUGACUGUUGGCGAGUUUGUCAACUUCGCCGCUUACGCCUUUGCCCCAGCUACAUUGGUCACUCCCUUAGGGGCUCUCAGUGUCAUUGUCAGUGCUGUGUUGUCGGCCAGGGUUCUGAAAGAGAAGUUAAACAUUCUGGGCAAGGUUGGCUGCCUGCUGUGUGUGCUGGGCUCCACCAUCAUGGUGAUACACUCGCCGAAGGAGCAGGAGAUUCAUGACGUGGAGGAACUCUUGGACAAGAUGAAGGAACCAGGUUUCAUUGUGUACGCCUGCAGCAUGGUGGUCAUCACCAUCGUCACCAUCAUCUACUUUGUGCCGCGCUACGGCCAGAAGAACGUCCUGGUCUACGUCACAGUGUGUGCCACAUUGGGAGCUUUCACUGUCAUGGGCUCCAAAGGACUCGGCACGGCCAUCAAAGCCACAGUGCGGGGUCACAACGAGUUCAAGAACUGGCUCACCUAUGUGCUGCUUGCAGUUGUCAUCAUUUGCAUUCUCUUACAAUUGAACUACCUCAAUAAAGCUCUGGAUACAUUUAAUACGGCGGUAGUGACACCGAUAUAUUAUGUGUUUUUCACCUCAUGUGUCAUUCUGGGAUCGGCAAUAUUGUUUAAAGAAUUCUUCAACAUGGAUGUCAUGGAUAUCAUCGGAGAUGCUUGUGGAUUUUUAACUAUUGUGGCUGGUAUUUUCCUCUUAAAUGCCUUCAAAGACAUGAAAAUCUCUUGGAGGAAUCUCCCUAAAGCCAGCAAAGAUGCAGACACAGCAUCAGUAGCUGGCGACGACACUGAUGUACCCAACGGCAACCUUGGGCUGAAUGGAGUGGCAAAUAGUAAUUAUGUGGUGGACUGUCGGGAUAUCGAAGCACACAUUUCUCGCAAUAUGUCAACGGAAUGCAUUACCCGGACAAUGUCUGAAGGGUCGGACUGUAAUGAAAAUGGCUAUGUGAGUGAUCGUUACCAUGGGAGUAGCCCGGUGCAGGAGAUGUGAGCUUGCGUGAUACAAAGCUGCAUCGUUUAUAUAUAUUAUAGGGGCUGCUGUGAUGAUGUGAGGGCUGGUGCAGUGGCUGGUGUGCCAUUGCUCUCCAUUUCCCUUCCUGUUUCUCCUGUCCGAUCUGACAGAGAGGAAGAUGAAAUCAUCUCAGCAUGGCACCUGUAGCGACAGAGAUUUGGUUCCGUUAUCUACAUCUUCUCUUCUUUGUCACAAUGUUGGCUGAACACAUUCUCAGUCCACAGGAUUGAUUAACUGUGUCAUCAGUUUUUCUGGCCUCUGUGUGCUGCCUUGGGCAAUAACUCUCUCCUCACCAAAAUGAGCAAGAGGGAAACAGCCUUUUCAGGUGGAUUGAAAACCGUGCUGUUUUCUGUACAUAGAGGUUUGAUUGACAAAGGUGUAGCCGUUGCCCUCACUAGCUAUCACUCUGAAGAAAGGGUUACUUAUAAAUGCUGAGACUGUUUUUGUUUUCGUAUAUUUGCAAAUACUGAGUUGUUGUUUUAUUAAAUCAUACUUGCAAAAACAAUGUUUGUUGUAGCAUGCUUGCUACGCAUGUGUUUGUUAUUGAAUGCUUGAUAAAAGAGGCUGUGUUAGUUUUGAGAAACGGUGCUAUUGUAAUCAGAAGGAGUCGUAUACUCCUGUAUAUCAAAGAUCAUAUUGAAGGUAUUAUGGUCUAAAAGCGUAUCUGGUUUCUUAAAAGUGUUUGAAAGGGCUAAGAAAGUUUCUUAUUUAAAUUCUGAGAGAAAAGACAAAAAUUUGCCAGCCAGUCAUCCUAGGUACAGCUUGUAGACAAAGAAAAGUUGACCUAUUUCUUCCAGUUACAUAGUUAAAUCAUAACACCUUUAAUAUUCUAGAAAGGAUCACUUGUAGUGUAUUUCUACUUUGUAUGUCCUAUGGUUUUGAGUGAACGUACAACAUGAAAGGAAUGUAAAGAUGUAAAAAUUAUUUGGUCUGUGGUAAAAAGGAGACAGUCUUAUCUACUUACUAUUUCUCAACAGGAGCCCCAAAACCGAUCUGAGAAUAAUUUAGCCUUAAGUUUUUAUGCAAGUUAAAAUGAGAGAUGGAAAAGCUCUCACAAGGCAACCAUAGGGCUGUGCCACCAUGAACACUCGGGUGCUACAACCCUCGUAGAAACUUGUUAUUUGUACUUAACAGUUUGGACAGAAGUACUUUAUGAUGGAAAAGACUCUACUGAUUUUUUUAUUUUUUUUUGGUACAAUUGUUUUUUCUUGGUUGGGGGGGAUAUGAACUUUUUGCAAGCUUGUUCCUGUUUUACAUCAGAUCAAAUUCACUCUGAUUCAAAUCAAAAUUCUGAUGUCUUAAAGAGAAAUAAUGGCACUGAAUGAAAUUUCAUGAUGCCAUUUUGUUCUUGUGUAGUCAGUGUUUGGACUGUUCACAUUUGUGGAGAGGACUUGCUUCAUGAAAGUAAGAUAUCACACUGUCUAGAACAUCAUACCAGUCUCCAUGUAUGGCUGUAUGCCCCUGUAAGGAUGCUGUGUAGAUUCUGACCCCUGAAGUGUCCAUGACUGUUUAUAGUACCAUAAAUGGAAGACAGAUUUUGUACAUGUGAAUUUGUGGAUUUGUCUUAAUGGGAGAGAGAGAGAGAGAGAGAGAGAGAGAGAGAGAGAGAGAGCAUUCAUAAUGUUACAUGUGUGAGAGAGAGAAAGGGCAUUGCUCUGGUAGACGGAUGUGUACGUUAAUGCCAUGUGCUGUCGUAGCGAAGUGCACACUCACACAGGAGUCCUUCAUGUUGACUUCACCACAAGCUUUCCUUUGGUGUAUCUAGCUGUGUGUUGUGCAACGUCUAUUGCUCAUUACGACCGGAAAUGGCAGCAAAGCAAUUUUGAAAGCCAUGAAAAAUACUCCUGUACUACUCAGGUACUAUUCUAUUGUGUUAUAUGAAAACAA